GUGGGGACGCGGGGGCGGGGCAGGCACUGAGUGCUGGAGAUGCUGCUGCUGCCGCCGCUGCCGCUGCUGCUGUGGGACGGGUUCGGGUCCGAGUCUGCCUUGGCGGGCACGGAGCGUGGGACGACCUGGGACCCGGUGGUAGCAGCAGGAGCACACUGAGAACCAUGUCCAGGAAGAAGACCCCCAAAAGCAAGGGGGGGAGUGUGCCGGCUGCCUCUACGCUGCCCGCCGCCGCCAACGGGCCACGUCUGGCACAUCCCAGGACUGCGCGCCCUGGCCCAGAGGCACCGCCCAACGGGCCCCCGCAGUCCGGCCGGCCCUCACUUGGUGGCACUGGAGACUUCUACGACGUUGCUUUCAAGGUCAUGCUGGUGGGGGAUUCCGGUGUGGGGAAGACGUGCCUGCUCGUGCGCUUCAAGGAUGGGGCUUUCCUGGCUGGUACCUUCAUCUCCACUGUGGGCAUCGACUUCCGGAAUAAAGUUCUGGAUGUGGAUGGCAUGAAGGUGAAGCUGCAGAUCUGGGACACGGCUGGUCAGGAGCGGUUCCGAAGUGUCACCCAUGCCUACUACCGGGAUGCUCACGGGGUGUCCUCAUUGCUUUCUGUAUCCAGCACUGUUGCUGCUCUACGACAUCACCAACAAAGAUUCCUUCGACAACAUCCAGGCCUGGUUGACAGAAAUCCAGGAAUAUGCCCAGCAGGACGUGGUGCUCAUGCUGUUGGGGAACAAGGUGGGAAUCUGGGCCAAUCCUCUCCAUCCUGGCCCCACAGGGCAUGCCAUGGACUGGCAUUAACCAAAUCCCUGUGCCUGGGCCAGGUUGACUCUACUCAAGAACGAGUGGUAAAGAGGGAAGAUGGGGAGAAAUUAGCCAAGGUGAGUCAAAACAGGGAGGGUGAGGAGGGUCUUCUUGAGAUUGUGACACUUGGGCCACCCCCAUAUGCCCAGCACCUGGCUGGCAGCAGCUAUUUGCAGGAGUAUGGGCUGCCAUUCAUGGAGACCAGCGCCAAGAGCGGCCUCAAUGUGGACUUGGCUUUUACAGCCAUAGCAAAGGAGCUGAAACAAAGAUCCACCAAGGCUCCCAGUGAGCCGCGCUUCAGGCUGCAUGACUAUGUGAAGAGGGAGGGCCGAGGGGUCUCCUGCUGUCGACUCUGAACCUGGCUGAAUUUUGGUUCUACGCUGGAGGCAGCUGUUUGGGAUACCAUAGGUGAUGGAUGCCAGAAUGUCUUCCUUUUCAAGACACCUGAGGCUGAUGCUCUUCAGCCCCUUGGCCUCAGGGGCCAUCACAGAAAGCAUACAAACCACACUAUGGCCUGUGGCUGCCCUCUUCUGGGCACUCCCAGCAGGAAGGAUGGCACCACAUCGUGCCUCCUAUGAAAAGCCAUGCUUACUGCACACGGCCUGGGAAGGACCCCACACACGACCAAAGGCUACAAGAAUCAUGUUGUCCAUUUGUUGGGUUGCUUCCAAGUCAACUAGUAGGCUCUGAUGUAGGAAACCACAGGAAGAUUGGGCUGAUAGAACCAGGUCACUACUUAGCAGGCUGGCCCAGUCCUUCCCACCUUGUACUAAAGUCACCAGACUACAAAUGUUGUGUGAAAACCUGUCCCCAUUAAUAAAGGUGUUUCUGGA